AUUCACUCUGAGCUUGCACACGUUGUCUUAACUUGCUGAGAGCACUAACUGAUCCGGUACUUCUGCUUCAACAAAGUUUACAGAAAUGAUUGCUAACGUGACUUCCUGCCAGUCCGCCAACAACCACACAGGAAAUGUCUUCCUUCAGAUUGUCCUGAUAAUUGAGAUGAUCGUGGGCCUGCCUGGAAGCAUGGUGGCAUUGUGGGUUUUCUGUUUCCGAAUCAAGCGCUGGAAAUCCCACAUCAUCUUCCUUUUUAACAUGCUUCUGGCUGACUUUUUGCUCCUCUUGAGUGUGCCUUUCCGCAUUGACACCCACCUACGAGGAGAUUUGGACCACUGGGCGUACGGACCGAUCUGGUGCCGCAUUAACCUUUUCAUGCUGACUGUCAAUCGCUCUGCCAGUAUUGCUUUCAUGACCGUUGUGGCUAUGGACCGUUACUUCAAGGUGGUUCAUCCGCAUCACUGCAUCAGCCGACUGACUGUUAAUCAAACAAGCCUUCUUGCCGGUCUGAUAUGGACUGCUGUUGUUGCGGUUCGGAUUCCCCUAUUGACCAUCAACCUCCUCCACCAAGAUCCCAACUGCAACAUCUCUUUGUGCCACAGCUUCCACUCCUAUAACGAAAUCCCUGGACCAGUACUUGUGCACUACAUUGCUUAUAUUGCAGAGUUUUUCCUGCCAUGGUCCUUGCUGAUCUUCUGCUCGGUCGGCAUCACCUGCCAUCUCCGAAAACGACGCAUGGACAGACACAAGAAGGUGAGGAGGGCUAUCCGAGCUGUAAUGGUGAUCACUUUGGUGUUCACUAUCUGCUUCAUGCCAAGUGUCUUUACAGGUAUGGUUGGGUGGCAAAUCAAAAUAUUUUAUCCCAAAAUGGAAACAUCCUACAAACUGUGGACUCAGGCCUUCAUGGUGUGUAUUGGCUUCACUUAUCUGAACAGUGCUUUGGACCCUGUCAUCUAUGUUUUCUCUAGCUCCAAUUUUUAUGAUGCUCUGAUAACUUCUUUUAGGUUCAAGAGGAUUGUCAGAGCAGCCAAGAGUCCAUAACAGCUGAAAGUAUUAGAAUGUAAUAUUAUGUAUUUUAAGAAGGAUGCGGUACUUCAUUUAACAAGCUAACUGAGGCCUGUGGAGUCUGAGAUGUUUGGAAAUGCUUGUGUAACCCUUCUUAGAUUGAUGAACAGCAACAGUUACCCUCAUUAUUUCCUAUGGAACCAGUGGAUGUCUUGCUUAGCUUUUCACAACCUGCUUUUUUAUGCAAGUUUACAACCUGGCAUAGACAAAUUCAUGUUUUUUUUCUCUUCAGAUCCUUAAAACCUUACAAAUGAAAGAGCCUAUGCUCUUUGUUUUUGUUGAUUCUUUUGCAUAGUUGUACGUUAUCAGUAUAACCCUUAUAUUGUAUACUGCAAAAAGAUACGCUAAAGUGGAGUUAUUGUUUCAAUAAAUAUAAACAUUACUAAAAUCAA